ACUUGACUUCAAGUGAGUGGAGAGAAUCCACCUUUAACCGACUGAAAAAAAUGGAGAGGAAUACACAAAAAAUGAGGAGUGGUGCCUCUAAUCCAUGCCAGAGGAUAACCCAUGAAGAUCUUUGCAAUUUGCUGAAGAGACUUCAGAAACUGAUGAAUAGACUUGGAUAUGGAUCAUCUAGAAAGAGACCCAGAGAACAGCCUGCUAUUGCCUCUCUGUCUUCUCAAAGAGGAAUGCUCAAUGUACAAACAAAUUAUGAACAAAACACAGUUCCUGUUUUUAAUACCUAUGAAGAAUACCAUAAGACGGUUCUUCAGUCAUUUGAAAAUAUUUCAAUUGUACUGAACAUAGAAGGAAAAGUUGUUUUUGUAUCCCAGAAUGUGACACCUCUUCUUGGCUAUCUUCCAGAAGAUAUAAUUGGGACGAGCCUAUUAAAUCUUGUUCAUGAUGAACAAAAGGAUGACAUAUCUGAGAAGAUCAUUCUAAAUCUUCCAUUGGCAAAUAUAGUGGGAAGGCUAAUCGAAUUUUGCUGUUAUAUAAGAAAAGGAAAUGUAGGUCAGAGUGGCCAGGACACAUAUUGUUACAGGACCAUGUACCAAGGGAGAUAUAUAUAUGAGUACGUGAAAUUCAUCUUGUACCUACAGGAUUCUUAUGAUGAGUCAUUUGUAUUUUUUGGAAACUUCGGUCCUAAUAGCAGAAAGAUUUGGUCUUCUGCUCCAAGGCUGUUAUGGGAGGAAAAGUACUAUGUUGUGGGAAACAUUUCUGUUCUACGUACGCCGGAUGAGACAGCACAACCAGUUAACAUUCAAACAAAUGCUGUAGAUGAUGAUUCUGAUGAUGACAGUACUUUACAACACCAUAGGCUUCGAAAACGCCACCGUAGGAACAAAAUGCAAACAGAUGCUCAGGCUGAAGCUGUGAAUGUGGAGGAAUGUCCUGAAGCAGGCACAGAAGUUGAGAUUGUAGAAGUUCAAGCAGCCACUCAGCGAAUGCCAUUUGACUUAAUUCAGGUCCUGACACCCUCUCACUCAAGCAUAACCCCAGAAUUAAGUGCAGCCACAAGCAUAAGUGCUGGCAUGAGGACAAGCACAAGUUCUUCAUCUACAGAUAUUUCAUCAACAACACCAGUAUCAACCUCUACAUCUAGACAGGGGUAUGAGAUAGAUCCAAAAUAUAUGCUAGAGCCCCAAGACAGAGAAUUUGAAGUAGGUCCAGAGUUCCUCCUAAAUGACAGCCAAGACACAGAGGCCACUCCAGAACAAGGAGAAUGCACUGAAGAGGAUGUGAAGAAACCCUUGGUAGAGGCAAAGCUAUCCAAUCCUAAGGAACAUGUAAUUGAUGAAUAUUCUGCAUGUCAUGAUGCUUCUUCAGAUGAUGAUUUCUGUAUAAUAACAGAAGAUACUGAACACAAGAAAGACCCUAAGUUUCAAGAAGUCGUUGUGGGUCAAGAACAAGGACAUCAGAAGCCAAAGAGAACAUAUCAAUACCAUCAUCCACUUUUUGGGGAAAAGUUUGCCCAACUCUGUGGCCCACGAGUGAAGAUGACAGAGGUCUAUGAUUUGAAUAUAAGUAGAUCCUUCUAUGGUGAACAACCUUCUUACCCAGAUAUUGAAGAGGAGCAUAGGGAACAAGAACAAUGUGAAUAUGAAUUCUCCCAGUGUACUGGAAUGCUUCGAAACUUAAAAUAUGAACGGCCUGGGCAGCAACAUACUGGGCAAGGACAAGGACCUCGUGUAUAUCAUCCAGGAGAACAGGUGGUGACUGUUAUAGAUGACAUGGGGUCACCCACCAUGGAAUUUUUUGGAAAUGACAAUUCUCAGCAUUCACGAAAUGAGACACAUAGAUGUUGGGAGGAUCCUAUUGAUUGUGCCCCUCCGCCUCUGCAUCAUUCAUCAAGAUCAUUCCAAGAAAUGACUGGAUCACAUCAAACAUUGGCAGCCUCAUUUCAAGCAUCAUUACUGUCAUGUCAAGCAUCAUUAGUGUCAUGUCCAGCAUCUUUACCAUCAUGUUCAGCAUCUGCACCAUCAUGUAUAGUACCUGUACCGAUACAUAAAGAAUCUGUACCAAUAUGUCAAGUUUCUGCACCAAUAAGUGUAGCAUAUGCACCAAUAAUCCAAGUGUAUGCAUCAACAUGUCAACCAUCUGCACAGUUAUGUCAAGCAUUGGCAGCUUCACGUCAGGCAUCUGGACUGUUAUGUCAAACAUCUGUAGUGACACAUCAAGUAUCUGCACCUCGAUGUCAAUCAUUGGCAGUGUCACAUCAAGCAUCUGCACCAUCACGUCAAGCAUCAGUGGUGUCACAACAAGUAUUGGCAGAAUCAUAUCACCAAUCAGCAAUGUCACCUCAUGUUUCUUUUGACCACUGAAGAGAGAAAAUUCCACGCUUUCUGCCCCCUGGACAAGAUCACUCUGGUUCCAUUCAGGCUGAAUAGGACACUAAUCCUCACCCAUGAGCGGAAGAUGAGGCUGAAGACAGACCUCCACUGUCUGCAUGGCAAAGGGCCAUACAAAAUGGGAGAGUCCCUUGAUGGGAGAGGGUGGGUGGGUCAUACUGCUUUACUUGCAAAUUAAGUUUGUAGUUAUUCUU